UAGACCCCGCCCGGGGCCCAUGGGCUCUCCCCCGGCCCGGCCCUGGCCACCGGAUCAGAGCUACGGACCCGCCCAAAGGGGCCCCAGCUCCCGCUGCUCCUCCCCGGGCGGGUUCGGAGGCUUGAAGUCCCCCUGGUUGGGUGCCUGGGAGGCCCGCGCCCCUUGACUGACAGCGGCUUGUUUCGUAACCUUCACUUCCAGCCCUGGAAGCCGAGCGUUACCCAGCCAGGCUGCUGGGGGAUGCCGGGGAAGGAGCCGCUUGCUGGGCCCCCCCAAGGAGGAGCACCCAGUUUUCCUUUGCCCUCAGGGGACCCGACACUGAGAGGAAGGAGAAGCAAGGCACUGAGCAGGGAGCCGAACCCUCAGGAUGAAGCACAUCUCGAUCCACUGGUUCCGUAAGGGUCUUCGCCUUCACGAUAACCCUGCCCUGCUGGCCGCGAUGACAGACUGCCACAAGCUGUAUCCCAUCUUCAUCCUCGACCCCUGGUUCCCAAAGAACAUGCGGGUCAGCGUCAACCGCUGGAGGUUUCUGGUUGAGUCGCUGAGAGAUCUGGACGAGAGCCUCCAGAAACUGAACUCGAGGCUGUUUGUGGGGCGUGGCCGCCCCACAGAGAUAUUCCCGGUCCUCUUUAAAGAGUGGAAGGUGACACGGCUGACGUUCGAGAUAGACACGGAGCCCUACUCCAGGCAGCGCGAUAGCGAGGUGGUGAGGCUGGCGGCUGAACAUGGCGUUCAGGUUAUUCAGAAAGUGUCCAACACCUUGUAUGACACCGACAGAGUAAUUGCUGAGAACAGUGGCAAGGUGCCUCUGACCUACGUGCGCCUGCAGACGCUCCUGGCAGCGCUGGGACCACCGAAGCGGCCCGUGCCAGCUCCCACUCUGGAAAACCUGAAGGAUUGCUGUACCCCCUGCAAAGACAACCACGAUGCAGAGUAUGGGAUCCCUACGCUGGAGGAGCUGGGUCAAGACCCCGAGCAAGCAGGUCCUCGCCUCUACCCAGGAGGAGAGUCUGAGGCACUUUGCAGGCUUGACUUGCAUAUGAACAGAACGGCCUGGGUGUGUAAUUUCCAGAAGCCCCAGACUGAGCCCAACUCCCUGAGCCCUAGCACCACCGUCCUGAGUCCUUACAUCAAGUUUGGAUGCUUGUCAGUGCGAACCUUCUGGUGGAGGUUGGCUGAAAUCUACCAGGGGAGGAAACACUCCAGCCCGCCCGUGUCUUUGCACGGGCAGCUCCUGUGGAGGGAGUUCUUCUAUACGGCAGGAGCUGGGAUCCCCAACUUCAACAAGAUGGAAGGCAACCCCAUCUGUGUGCAGGUGGACUGGGAUGACAAUCCAGAGCACCUCAGAGCCUGGAGUGAGGGCCGGACGGGCUACCCCUUCAUAGAUGCCAUCAUGACCCAGCUGCGCACUGAAGGCUGGAUCCAUCACCUGGCCCGGCACGCUGUGGCCUGCUUCCUGACUCGAGGAGACCUGUGGAUAUCCUGGGAGCAAGGGCAAAAGGUCUUUGAGGAGUUGCUGCUGGAUGCUGACUGGUCCCUGAACGCUGGCAACUGGCAGUGGCUGUCGGCGAGCGCCUUCUUCCACCAGUUCUUCCGUGUCUACUCGCCUGUCGCCUUCGGCAAGAAGACGGACAAGGGCGGAGAAUAUAUCAAGAAGUACCUCCCUUGCCUCCAGAAGUUCCCCGCUGAGUACAUCUACGAGCCCUGGAAGGCGCCGCGAAGCGUGCAGGAGCAGGCGGGCUGUGUGAUUGGCCGAGAUUACCCCAAGCCCAUCGUGGUGCACGAGGUGGUGAGCAAGAGGAACGUGGAGCGGAUGAAGGCAGCCUACACCCGGCGAUCGGCCAGCACCACGGCCCAGCUGGAGGGAGGGGGUGGCAAGAAAGGUGCCAGAAGGAAGACACCUGCUGGUCCCUCUGUGGCCGAACUGCUGACAAAGAAACCAAAGACUAAAAGCAGCUGAAUUCCUGUGGAUCUUGACAAUGGGCCAGCCUCUUCUGUGCCGCAGGGGGAGAACCCCACCCUGGAGCCAGGCAGCACAAGAGCCCAUUCACAUCCCAUUUGGGCUUUAUGAAGAGAGGCUCUGGGGUCUGUUCCAAUCCCUUGGCUGACAGCUAGGGGCCCAGGCCUUCUGAGUCCAGGGAAAGCUAUAGGGGGGUUUUAGCACCGCCUCUCUUAUUGGCUCAGGAAACUUUUUCAUGCUGUACCCUUUCGUUCAGCCCCUUAAGCCUGUUCAGCGAACUGUCCUUUGGUGCGGGUGCUUUCGAUUCUGCUCGCAGGCCAGAAGCUGAGUUCCUCUUUUGGAAAGAACAGGAGGACUUGUGGCAUCUUAGAGACUCACCAAUUUAUUUGAGCAUAAGCUUUCAUGAGCUACAGCUCACUUCAUCGGAAGCUCACGAAAGCUUAGGCUCAAAUAAACUGGUUAGUCUCUAAGGUGCCACAAGUCCUCCUGUUCUUUUUGCGAAUUCAGACUAACACGGCUGUUACUCUGAAGCCUGUCUCUUGGAAAGGUCAUUGCCAUGGAGUGGAUCAGUUUGUCUGAAUGCCUUACGGUGAAUCUACCCUACAGCACCCGGGGAGGUAGAUGUAUCACCACCCCCAUUUUACACAUAAGUGAACUGAGAAAGAGAUUACUGGGCAGAUUUCCAGUGGGAGCUCCUGGAUCCCUUAAAAAUCUAGCCAUAAUUGACUUGUUCAGAUCAGAUCUUAAGGCGGCAGAGCUGGGAACUGAACCCACAUCUUGCGCUACAUUCCAGUGCCUUCCGCACAAGGUCCCCUUCCCAGGUUACUGCCCUGUGCUUUCUUUAUCUGGGUUGUUGCAGACAUUUAGCUGAAGGGUACAUUUUAAACUUACCUCUCAGGAAAACAAUUUGUGCAGCCACUGACUCCUCUGGCCUGGGAAACACCCCAGACUUCUGCAUCCAAAGAAGCCAAAAGCACAGCAGACUUUCAGGGAGUGGAAGUUUUUUUGUUUUGUUUUUUAAAAAGGGCAUGUUAAUAACCUGCUGGGGUGCCGAAUGCCCCAGCCAGCCUGGCUGGGAAUUGGUACUGAACUCCCUGUUUUAAGCUUUACUGCCCCCUUUGGCAGACAGCAGCUUAGGAGACCAAAGUGAGGGAUGCUGGACAUGGAUGUUGCCUUUUGCCCAUCUUUGUACUGAGCGUUAAAUGCUGGAUGCUUAUUACCACGUUCUUGGGACCUGUACACCCCUUUUUGUGGUGUGUCCAACCAAGACAUAAUUUCAUUAUCCCUUGGCUACGGUCUGCUGGGGUAUUAAAGAUAUCCUUGGAAGUGCUAAGUGGAGUUACAGAAGCUAAAGUGUGGGGCAAAGCUCAUCUUGAUGUCCCAAAGACAGGAAAGUAACUGAAAUACUUCUCUGAGGGACAACCCAUCUUAAAUUCUCACUUACUCAGCGACAAUCUACACUCAUUGCUAUAUUUGCUUUCUGCAAGCUACUCUUAGUAUAACCUUUUGUGAGUGAGGUAUCCAAAUAUUGGAUGCUAAUAUCUAAAUUGUACGGUUACAUUUAUUUACCAAAAUUUGGGAUAUUGCACAUUAUGUACUGGAUGUAUUUUCUGGCUUUUAAAUCAAACUUUGUACUUGUGGAUAAUUUAAGCCUUACACCCCGCUAUGUAGACACUCUUUCCUUAACCUGUGUAUUAGAUAAUUAACAUUAGCUUUAAUCAAAUUUUAAAUCUGCUCUUUCAUUUA